ACGAACUGUUCAAAAGAAUCGAUUCCGGACUAAUGAGUCAAACACAUACCUGUCGUAAACAUUUUUAUAUAUAAUGUCAUAAAUUUGAAAGUUCUUAUCUCUAAGUUCUAAAUUGGUUCAUUGUUAUAAGCGCGACACAAUAAUGAUUUAUUAAAGGGAUGUGAAGUUUGUUCUUUGGUUCCAACGUGUUUUGUAUGUUUCAUGAACUUUCACCUCAGUUCCCACAGCCAUCUGAGCCAUGCACGAUCGCGUGGAUUUGACAGGACAUUGACAACACUAAAACGUUCUUUAACUUUGACCACAUGGAAACUUUCAUCAGCUUCACUAACCAAAGUCAAGGAAGGGAUCGCAUAUUCAGAGCAACCCAAUAUGCGUGUGCUUUGGCGAAAUACCUUCUGAGAAAUGAAGCGAAGAGAAAAGAGCUGGUGAAAAAGCUGCAGUUUCUGGAGUCUAAUAUGAGUUCUGGGCGGAAGCUAUUCAGGCUUGGGAACACAGUCAACUCGAUCCAUGCGGCCAAGAGCACUCUUCAUAUUUCUGACCCCAUGCUGCGCUUUUGCCUUACUUUUGCCAACCUCAGCCGUGCCUUGUAUUUCAUCUGUGACAACUUACUGUGGGCCAGAAGUAUCGGGCUAAUACGAGACCUCGACAAGGAGCGCUGGAGCUUGAACUCCAGUCGCUUCUAUUUCCUGUCAUUGGUUAUGAAUCUAACCAGAGACGUCUAUGUGAUCAUCCAACUUAUGGUGCAGAAGUCUCGGGAGCGACACUUCCAGCAAAAAGUCGACCAGCACCUCAGUGAAAGCCCGGAUGUGGCUUCUGUCAUAGUGCCUCAGCUUGAUGCGUUCCUCUUCCUUCUCCUCGAGAGCCUCAGAAAUGAACCAUCUGUGGUUCUCGACACAGUUAAAAAUGUUUGCGAUCUUUUCAUUCCACUUGAAAAACUGGGCAUUUACCAAACAAAUGCAGGGGUGGUGGGCUUCUGUGGCCUUGUUUCUUCUCUUUUAGGUAUAUUGUCCAUUUUGAGGCCCAGCCUCAAAAUCAAGCCAUGAUUUAGGGAAUGUGGAACAACCAAAAUGUCUUGUACAAGAGAACUUUUCUAACAAAUGUUUUGAUUUCAUUUUAAUGUGGAAUUAGGCUACUAUUAAGUUUACUUUUGUAAAAGGAUCAACUUAAUUGUAUAAGGGAGACAGGAGAACAGCACAUACCCAUAAUGCAGCAGUGCACCUGCAAGGCUGUUCUGCACAACAUAAUAAUAAAAAGUAAUAGCAUCAUUUAGAUAAGAUUUCCCACUGUGGGUUUGACCACAUGCUGUGUACACUUUCAUUAAAUAGAGUGCCUUGCUGUAUCUGUUGUUGUAUUAUGGCAGCCCUAGUGAAAUAAUACACCUGUAUAUUAUGCAGUAUUUAUUAGUUUUAAUAGAGAUUAUAUAACUUUGGUACUGAGGAUAUUAAGAUGAGGGUACACAAACACAUUUUGGAACUUUCCAACAAAAAGAUGCUCUCUGUGAUGGCAGAUGCUCAACUUUCUGAAAUAUGUGCUUAAUAUUUAGUCUCUUCUACAUGGAAAACCAUCUGUGAAAUUAGAUAUUCUACCUCAUUCUGACAGAUUCCAUAGUUGUUUUAGUUUAGGUGCCAGGCAUAGUUUUGUUAGUUGUUAUUUCCAAAGUCGGUUUAUCAUGACAAAAGAACUUUUGAUUACACAUAAUUGUUUGUCAGCACAAACUGUGAACUUAAUAAAGGAAUUUAAUUU